AGUACAACCAAACUUUCUUCACCGACAGAUUGUGUUAUAUAUCCUUGUCAUCAUCAGUUUUCUCUCCUUCGAUCAUCACCAAUCUGUACUGUAUUUAUUAUUAAUUUGUUCUUCGAUCUCAUAGUGUUUGUGCACUUAUUUCUCCCUCUGCAAACUCUCUCUCUCUCUCUCUCUCUCUCUCUCUCUCUCUCUCCUCAUUAUGGUUCAAUCAAAGAAGUUCAGAGGUGUCAGGCAGCGUCACUGGGGUUCUUGGGUAUCUGAAAUUCGCCACCCCUUACUGAAGAGGAGGGUGUGGCUAGGCACAUUUGACAGUGCGGAAGAGGCAGCUAAAGCCUAUGAUCAAGCUGCCAUUUUAAUGAGUGGCCACAAUGCAAAAACUAAUUUCCCAGUGGCCCAAAGAUCAGAUAAUAAGGACUCGUAUACUAAUAAUGAGGAAUCAAAUUCUUCAGCAAUUCCACAAAAGGGGUUACCUGAAAUUCUUCGUGCUAAGCUUCAAAAAUCUAGCAAAGCACCUUCACCAUCUCUAACUUGUUUGAGGCUGGACAAUGAGAAUUCUCUCAUAGGAGUGUGGCAAAAGCGUGCCGGUACGUGCUCGGAGUCCAAUUGGGUCAUGACAGUUGAGCUUGAGAAGAAGAAUGAUAAUGCUAAAGUCACCGAGGGAGGAGCACUAAUGCCAGUUUCUUCGGAGUCUCUGGUGUCCGGAGGGACGGACAUGGAUGAAGAGGAAAGGGUUGCACUUCAAAUGAUAGAAGAGCUUCUCAAUGGUAAUUAUUCUUGCCCUAAUACAGUCGAGAUUCAAGGAGAGGGUACCUUUUGCAUCUAGCUAGUACUCCGUAAUUUUAUGUGGUGGUUUCUAGCUUGUUCAUGUUGAUUGAAAAAUUUAGUACGUGUGAAUUGAUUUGGGUGAUUAAUUAUAUAUAUAUAUAUAUAUAUAUAUAUAUAUAUAUAUAUAUAUAUAUUAUUAAUUAGGAAAACGUUUAUAUGUGCCAGCAAUUAAGAUUACUUUGUUAGGAGCAAAUAUUGUCAGGGUCAUUAAAAAUAAGAAUUUGGCAUCUCUGAAAAUUAUGCCAAUGUGGAAGAUUCAGAGCAAAUAAUGAAUGUUAAUGUUCGGUUUUAUUCAAUAUUUGUGUUAUCAUU